UAUCCAAUCAUCCUAAGGCAUAUGGUAAGGACUACUGAGCGGCAAAAAUAAGAAUUGGCGAUAGUAUUUUUCCGUCUUAAAAUGCUCCGCAACUCCGCCGCAGCUUGGCAACUCCGUUCGUAACACUCCGAUGUUCCGCGCGGGCCGGGGGGUACGAUAUCACACCCGCGCAGUCUUUUCCCCCGUCGCCCGCAUAUCAUGGGAGUGUUAUCAACGAACUUGCCACAUCUAAAUGAUUAUGUCCGAUUACUCGAUGUACAAAUUAGAUGCAUUUAAUUACUUUGCAGUGAGAGCAGUGAUAGCCCAGUGGAUAUGACCUCUGCCUCCGAUUCCGGAGGGUGUGGGUUCGAAUCCUGUCCGGGGCAUGCACCUCCAACUUUUCAGUUGUGUGCAUUUUAAGAAACUAAAUAUCACGUGUCUCAAUCGGUGAAGGAAAACAUCGUGAGGAAACCUGCAUACCAGAGAAUUAUCUUAAUUCUCUGCGUGUGUGAAGUCUGCCAAUCCGCAUUGGGCCAGCGUGGUGGACUAUUGGCCUAACCCCUCUCAUUCUGAGAGGAGACUCGAGCUCAGCAGUGAGCCGAAUAUGGGUUGAUGACGACGAAUUACUUUGCUAAAAUUUUCUUAAUAUUUAUUGCAUGAAGUUUGAAUUGUAGGAGAAUGGUACAGCAUAGAGAAUGUAGAUAGCUGUAUAUUUAUUUUUAAUUUUCGUUGCUGUCAUAUUACUUCAAAGUUGUGUGUCAUGUUAAUCAACAAAAUGAAAACUAUUACGACAAAUCUUACUUUAAAAUUUGUUUAACUCUACGCUUGUAUUUAUUUACGUUAGCAGUUGAAUACAGAACUUUUUGCAAUGGCUAAGAAAUCGAAAAAUGUCCCAUGCGUUAUUUGGACAGCUUGUAUAUUAUGGAUCAUAUCAAUACUCUCUAUAAUUUGGUCAAUGCUUUUAUUUUUUGGAGUCGGAGAAGAGUUAUUCUUGACUGGUACAGAUUUCGUGAACGCAUGCGUACUUCUCUCUGGAAUAAUAAUGCUACCGACACACCUGAGCGCUUUGUAUGCUAUUGCCAAUGGCGAAACAAUAGAUUCAAACAGUAAAAUCCUUUUCGGUUGUCGAUUGAAAACAUGCGUCAUUUGGAUAAUACUUGUAAAUAUAAUUGGCGUGCUUGUUUGUCUCCAAAGAAUGUAUUAUUGUUACGACAUCCUUUUGCAAAGUCUUUCAAAAAGCAUGUCACUGUACAGGACUACGCCGAAAUAUAAGCGUUUCAUUGACAACCUACAGUGGUCUCUAGGAUGUUGUGGUCUGCAUUCUUAUAAAGACUGGUUCAGACAAGACUGGCAUGACAAAGUCCGUGAUUACGAGUGGAGCGUUCCUAAUUCAAGGGAAGCGAAAUCAGCAGAUGGUUUAGAGGAGAGUGAUAGUGUUCCAACCAGUUGCUGUAAAAGUGGAGCUGGCAUAUCGUGUUUUCUAGCGGAACUGGGCACAAAUACGAUCAAUAAAGAAGGAUGUGGUAAUAUGAUGUACCGCAUUAUCAUGAUAUCUAUGGCUGUUCAUAGUAUAUUGUUUCUAUUCGUUAUAGCAUUGGAGUCGAUAUUAUUAAAAUACACACAGCCUCAUGAACAGAAUUCCAUAACUGGCAAACCUACAACAGGAAUUCAAAUGUGCAAGCCAAGAUGCAAAUAUCAUCCAGUGGCAACAAAAAAUCCUACAAAAUCUGCAAAAUCUAUCAAAAAAUCGAAAGAUGCACAGUCAAUAAAGUGCAAAAAUAAAUGUUGCGCUAGCUGUAGAAGGGUUAAUAUUAGAAAUAUCAUGCCGAUUAACGACAAAUUUGAGAACUCCAGUGGUUCGUGUAUUUCAAAAGGUGAAGAAAGUUGUGAAAUUGAAAGCAACUACCAAGAAGUAGAUCGUGACGUCGAAAACUGAUUGCUUUAACAAGAAAAGGAGUUUUGGACAUAUCUUAAUAAUCAUCGUCUUUUUGUGCGUGUUUGUUAAUUUUAUAGGUAUUAAAUAUUUGAUA